GGGACAGGCUCCGGUGUCUGGGCAGUGCGCUGGCUCAGGGCAGGGCGAGGGCAGGCACGCGGGGGAUGCGAAUGCUGGGCCAGGUUGAGGUGUGGGGCGGCCGGGCGUGUCGGCGAUGGUCUGGGUCGCUUGGAGCCUUGCCGAUCCGCGCGACAAGCCAGUUUUUUUUCUCUUGCAGGCCCAGAUUUCCGAUCGCUGUCUGGUCCCAACGUAUUCGCAAGCCCAUGUUCACCCGCCGAUCCACAGCAUUGGACUCGGUCUUGGACUCGGAUGGGCAUACCACCGAUGCCGGCUCCCGCAACCGCGCCAAGAGAGCCUCCCUCCAAGGCGCCUACUCAGGACAGGGCCUGCGUGCUGGGCAUGUGCAGAACAUGCUGCUUUUGCUCCAAGACCGACUGCUCGAGCAUCGAUACGAAGAAGCCUCCAGCAUCGCCGUUGCCCUGUCCCAGACCGCCAAGACAGCCGAUAUUGCGGCUCAAAAGCUGGACGUCGUGGAAGUGGUCUGGAAGGCUGCGCUCGCCAUCCUGUCGUCCAGGAUUAUGGGGCGGCAGAUAUGGAUCGAGCAUAUGGACAAGCCCUUGGAUGAGAUGCUCUACAACGAAGGCCCAAUGGCAUCGCAGCAAGGUAUCACCGAUGACCAGCACGGGGAACCGAUGCAUGUGCGCAAGCGGGAAACCUUCCAGAUCGCACGAUCCAUACUGCGACUUCUCAAGCAGCUCUUGCAGAAUAUCUACAAUCCGCCUUCUCAACUGAUUGUCGAGUAUCUGCUUCAACACAUUCGCUUUGGGAUCUUGGACGAGGCAAUCGAAACCCUAGAGCGGUACAUCACUCGAUAUCCUUACCGCGACGACGCACUGCUGCUGGGAUAUGCGGGUAUCCUCCUCUAUAUCAAGAUACGGACCCGAUACGAUGUUGCUCAGAAGGAUAUUAUCCACACGUCCGAGUUUCGCCAAGCCCUGAUGCACUUUGAGGCAUCGUUCAAGAUCGAUUUCAGCCAAGAAAUGUUCCUGUACUAUUACCUGAAGCUACUCUUCAUGAGUGAUCUCGCCAAAGCCCAGCGCGCUGCCGAGAAGUUCGUGAGGCAGAACCCCAAGAAUAUCUUUGCGCUGCGCUAUCUUCUCGAGAUCCACCGAGCGCAGAAUGCCGAACCUGCCGAGUGGCUGCAGAUAGCAGAAACCAUUUUGCUGCUCGACCCCGUCGCCCCGAUUCAACAGACGCUCAAGCCUAUCAUCGAGCACUACGAGUCCGUCAUGGCCCCUGACGAGAGUGGCGAGGUGCUCAUGGACGACGGAGGCGUAGUGCGGUGCUCCGAAUUGAUUGUAUCGUUUCUGGGCAACCGCCUCGACUACGGGAGCGUUGAAGAGAGCCGCGAUGGUGUAUCGGACCUGUGGCUUUGGGGGAAGCUUCUGCGAUUCGUGAUGCUCCUCAGGCACAUCGACCCACAGUAUCGAUUUGGCGAAGCCUGGCAAGAACGGGGAUCGUGGUGGCUCGAUGUCUAUUACCCCGUACCAUCGGAGGGCCAGCAACCCACCGAGGUAGAAGAAGGUAUUGAGUAGCUCCCCUCAGCAAACGGCAACGAUAUCGGCGGAGAAUAUUGGCGCCGUCAGGACAGUGUGCGAUUCUGCUUGGUCAUCAAGGCAAUGGUCGCAAAGACUCUGUUUCCAACGCAGUAUCCGAAAAUCCGGUAUCUUGAACGUCAUGGCAUCGACUCCAGCUACACACU